AGAAAAGUGCUUCUUUUGAUCAUCGCUUUUGAUCAAAAAAUGGCACACGUUUUGGCGGCAUUAUUAAUGGAAAUGAGUACUAUUUUAUGCGGAAAACAGCUAUGGGACAAAAAAUCCCACAAUUCUUGUCGACCAUUUGGCUUCGUGUGUCGUCACAGCAAUUAUUGGAUAACCUGGCGAUAAGUUGACAUUACGCAUUUCUAGGUUAACAGUGGCAAUUAUAAACAUUAAAGAACUUUUCUGGAAAACACUUACAAUGUCUGGUGCAGUUAAACUUUCCGGCGCCCUCAAAGAGUUGAGAGUGCAUUUGUGUCAAACCAGCCCUUCAAGCAAGGGAGUGAGGGAAUUCAUUGAAAAAUACUAUGUGGAGCUAAAAACUGCCAACCCCAAGUUCCCCAUUUUGAUCAGAGAGUGUUCGGGAGUUGAACCGAAGCUUUGGGCACGAUUUGAGCAAGGAAAGGAAAAGGCCAUAGCACUGAAGGACCUAACUGCCUCAGACGUUUUGACACAAUUAAAAUCAGUGUCAAAGUGAAAUAGUGUCGUUUUUUAGUUAGUAGAACGUUUGUUUCAAUAAAACCGUUUAAUUCUGA